UCUGUGUAGGGGUUGGGGGUUGUGUGCGCAUGACAGUGUAGUAAAAGAAAGUGUGAAAUAAUACGUUGGAGUAAGUGUAGUUUCAGUCAGUUUCUGUCCACACAGCUCUCCGUCAUGAUGAAGCCAAUUGUCUGUCUUCCUGUGUGCCUGGUGUUGUUACUGUUCUGUAUCACUGCAGUAACAAGUAAGCCUUCUUCAAACUGUUGUUUGAAGACAAGCAACAAGAAAAUACAUAAAAGCAAAGUGGUGGAUUAUAUGAUACAGAGAGCAGGACUUUGCCCCAUCAAUGCUAUUGUCUUGUUGACAGAAAAGAGGAAAAUAAGGUGUUCCGAUCCAGACUCAACUUGGAUCAAAAAUAUUAUGGCAAUGGUGGACCAAAGAAAAAUGCAGCUGAAACAAAAUUCUGAUCCAAAAGUCUUGCAGAGCCAAAAUAAAAGAAAAAAAAAUGGAAGAGGAAAGGGAAAAUGCAUUUAACGCAGACAGGGGAAGCUUAUUUGAAGUUAAGGUUUUGCUGAAUGAUUACAUUUCAGAUAUUAUAAUAUUAUAUAAUAAA